GAGACAAAGAAAAUCGUCUUGUGAUUUUGCAUCGAGUCACGAUGCUUGCGAUUUUGUUUGUCACACAUUUCUGGGUGAAAUAUCAUCAUACUGUAUUCCAGCCGACAGCUUGUUUAUGCUAUAUUUUUUGGCACAUAAAACAAAUAUUUAACAAAUUGAGUGAAAUAUUCUGCGAGAAAUCUUUGAAAAAAUGUCAUCCAACUGGCAAAUCGUGCUGAAUAAAUAUCUCGCGAAUUUUCAAACUGAAACAACGACAGCGUUGGAAAAUAUAAACGAUAUGCUGAAACAAUCUGGAAAAAAUUACAAUGAAGAGAUGAAGAGUUGUUUUGCGAAGUGUGUAAACCGCAGCUUAGAGCAAACGUUGAAUUUGUUCGAUUUGCAUAUUAGCAUAGAUGCUAAAUUGCCAUCAUCAUGUCAACCCAGCAUCGGUCAUUCGGUGGCACCAAUUGAGACUCAGACAAUGAAGAGGCAAUCCUCGACUGAUGUUCAAAACGAGGCAUCAAAGCGAAAGAAAACAAUCGCUGAAAAGCAAUUGAAAAAUAUCAUGUUCUGCUGUUUUGAUUGCAACAAUCAAACAAAUAUCUUCGUCGAUACAUUCAGUGAAGUGUACGAUCACUGGAAGAGUUGCCAUGAUUCAAUGCCAUUCCGGUUUGUUGCAGUGGGAAAGGCCGCCUGUUACCAUUGCGGCAAAGUUGAUGUUUUUGCAAAACUUAAGGAUCAUCACAAGAGCAUUCAUCCAUCGAAAAUAUUCGUUGUAGUCGACUGGCAAAAAAAGUCAAAGUGUGGACUGUGUCACAAAGAGUUUUCGAAAUCAGAAAUGAUUGUGCAUUUCGAAGCAGAACAUAAACCAUUGCAUUAUGCCCACAUCAAUAGCCCGAUUUGUUUGAAUCAAAGCGAAAUUAAGCAGCUCAUCAGCUUAAAUUCAUCACAAACUGAAGCGAUCGCUCCAUCGGGUCGAUUCGCAGCCUUCAUGUGUGGCUAUUGCCAUACCGUAGAAAAUAUCUGCGAAGUGUCAUUCAUGCAACAUAUCAAAAUGGAUCCGUUCCAGUUCAACUGCUCAGUGUGUCCAUUUUGGGGGAGCAGCAUUCGUGAAACGACACAGCACGAGGCUACCGUUCACAGAUUGACUAUCGAUACAUUGAACCAUUCAAAUAUUCUGAUGGAUCGAUUGGAACAGUACUAUCUACAGACGCGAGUCAUAUUCACCAACGGCCUCGUUUUGUACAAACACAAUAUACGACAUUUGAUGAUCGCAACGAAUUUUGGCCAAUUAAAGAAAAAUUGGCAAUGCAGAAAUUGACGGAAUUCAAACCCGAUGAACGGAGUCGUGAAAAAGAGUUGAAAGAACAGCAAAAGAAUAUGGAUCGUUUGCGCAUUACUGGUCUCCAAGAUGUUAAAUACUGUGAUUUUUCCAAAGUAUUCCGAAUAAUAUGCAAAGCAAUUGGUGUGGAGAUUCGGUCUGAGAACGCUAUCGAAGACAUUCGACGAAGUUCGCAUCAUCUUAUUGUUACACUGCGUGGAACUAGAUUGAGAAACGAAAUCUUAGGAGCUUGGCGUGACACCCCGAAAAAAGAAAAGUUAAAAGUGUUGGGAAUGCUUGAUUGUUUGGAGUCGCGGAUAAAGCCCUGCAAAAUAUCGGUCCAACCUGAAUUGACACGAUUUUUCGCGAAACUUCGGCAUUAUGCCAAAAAAGCCAUUCAUUUUGGAUGACGCACGAUGGACUUAGGGUGAAGCAGAACGAACGAAGAGCCGUUGUAUGGUCCAAAGAAUACCUUGAUAGAUUCUAACGUGGCGGUCAACAAUCAGCUUCAACUCAAAAUUAAUGCGAUACUCUUGCAUUGUUAACAGGAAAAAUCCAGUUACAACCUAUAGUUUAAUUAACAAUUUUGAUAGUUACUUCGGUCAAAACAUUUUAAACAUUUCAAUUUAAAUAAAAAGAAAAUUAUUGAAAUCUUGAAAAUGAGAAAAAAAAAGAUUAAGUAAAAUUAUAUUAUAUUCCAAAUUGAAUAUAAUGAAAUCUAAAUAGAAUAUCAUUGAAAAUUUAACAUUUAAAAAAUGUUGAAUACAAUUAUUCGAAUGAAAAAAACUAAACUGAACUGAACAAAAAAAAAAUUCAUUAAAGAAUUGCAUUAUUAUUUUUCUAUCGAA